AUGGCCGUUGUACCUCCAAAUAGUUCAUGUGACUUUAAAGCGUGUGGGUUCAACAAAAGAGAGCCGGUGAAACUCCUGCCACCUGACCAGGUGGGAAGAUGUACAAAUCUGUGGGAAUGUGUGACACUUGCAGUAAAAACAACCAGAAGACCACAUCUUAUAUUGCGUCUAGCUCGAUCAGUGAGAGACAGUCUGGGGUUCGAUCUCCCGAUAGUUGCAUACGACGACGGACCAAACGAUUACCCGGAUGAAAUAUAUCAGCAAAUUGCAGAGUAUCCCUUAUUACAGUACGAAGUGAGUAAAAAUGAAGAUCUCGGUAUAGCUCGAGGGAGAAAUUUGGCUGUUAUGCAGGUCAAGACUAAGUACUUCUUCCUUCUUGAUGAUGACAUCAAGUUCAAUGAAUACACAAAACUCGAUAAACUUGUUGAAAUCCUGGACACUACCGACGUCACUGUGGCCUCAGCUGCUUACAAGGUAAUCGUUUUUACUUCAUACCUUGAAUUUGGACAUUUCAACGAGAACAAGGCAAACCGUAGACUGGGAGUUUACCAUGAAGCUUGCACAAUUAUCAACCAAACAAUUCCAAACCAUCCAAGUUGUGUCAGAUGCGAUAUUACUUCAAACGUAUUUCUGGCACGAACCAAAGAGAUAUUGGAUAUAGGAGGAUGGGACCCAGAGCUAAUGAUAUUGGAACACAAGGAUAUAUUUAUUAGACUGAAAGCAGCUGGCAUGAAAGUUGCACUUUGCCCGGAUGUGAAAGUAGACCACGCUCGUCCGUCAAAGAUAGCAGUUAAAGGCGAGGACUACUCAGAAAAAAGGAGACGAGCAGCAGGAAGGUUUAGAGCUCUAAUAAACAACAGAUGGAACAUUCAGAACAUAUUCGAUAGAUCAGCAAGAAAUCGCUUGGUGAUGAACCACGAUACAGGAGAGAUAACAUACAAGGAGGAGAAGGAACAUGAAUCAUGUUAA